AUAUAUGUAUGUCACAGGUUAAAAAGUGGAGCAUGUGUUUGAGACAGUGUUAGGGUCAAAUAAAAGACAUUCAUCCGCUCCCGUAGUAGUAGUAGUAUAAAAAAAAAAAAAAGCUAAAGUUUGGUGUGAACGGAGCGUGUGAGAGAUGUUUUCACCUCUGAGCGGCGGACAAGUUUAAAUGUGCCGAAUGUCAGAGCGCUUUCUCUCCUAGGUGAGGAGAAAACACUCCGGACUCUGCAGCUUUUCUGCUUCUGUUUUUUUUUUUUUUUUUCUAUCAUUUUUAUUUUGUUUUGUUUUGUCUUGUUUUACUGGAAGUCUGGGUUAAGCUUAUGACUUUUGACACAGUCCGGGAGCGACGCUGCAAAUGGGCGGCAUAGGUGGCAGCCUCUACCUCAGCAUGUUGAAUGGGACUGAAGCGCAAACUCUCGGAAAAAGCGUCGACAUCAGCAGCCACCUCCACCGCGGCGGCAAGGAUCUAGCCGAGUUCAAGAUGGGCAUCCAGGACGCCCGCUUCUACUAUCCGGACUCGGUUCAGGGCGGCCAGGACCCUCUGACCCUCCCUUACCAUUCGGAGCAGACGAUGGGGGGUUACGGGGCGCAGCCCGGCAGGUUUUACGCGCAGACUUUGAGCGGCUGCCCCUACGGCGGCGUGCGCUCUCCGACGAGGAGCGGCACCGGGCAGGGAUACGUCCCUGUGACGGGAGACGGCUUCCCCGCUGGGGGUAAAGAGGCCGUGUAUCCCCCCUCUGCGGAGAACUACUCGGCGGGCUUCCAGCACGGCUACCAGCGGCCUCUCUACCCUUUACCUGGGCUGCAGGUGUGCGGCAAGACGCAGGUCCUGCUCAAUAACUACCCGCUGUGGGCCAAGUUUCACAAGUUCCAGACCGAGAUGAUAAUCACCAAACAGGGCAGGAGGAUGUUCCCCUUCCUGAGCUUCAACAUCAGCGUACUGGAUCCAUCUGCUCACUAUAACGUCUACGUGGACGUGGUUCUGGCCGAUCAGCACCACUGGAGGUACCAGGGCGGCAAAUGGGUCCAGUGUGGGAAAGCAGAGGGUAACAUGCCAGGGAACAGGACGUACAUGCACCCUGACUCUCCUAACUCAGGAGCUCAUUGGAUGAGACAAGAAGUGUCAUUCAGCAAGCUCAAGCUCACCAACAAUAAGGGCAGCAACAACAACGUGGCACAGAUGAUCGUGCUCCAGUCACUCCACAAGUACCAGCCGCGUCUUCACAUUGUGGAGGUGAAGGAAGACGGCUCAGAGGACCCCUUCCUGUCCUCCAAAGCUCAGACGUUUGUCUUUUCAGAGACGCAGUUCAUCGCUGUCACUGCUUAUCAGAACGCAGACAUCACUCAGCUGAAAAUAGACCAUAACCCCUUCGCUAAAGGUUUCCGCGACAAUUACGACGCGCUCUACGCUCCUCCCGACUCUGAUCGCCUCACUCCUUCCCCUACAGAGGGCCAGCAGUUGUUGCCAGGGACCUGCUACCCACAGGGCUACCUCUCUGAACAGUACAUUAGCCCCCUGCCACAGUCCCGCUUCUAUGGCCGUGAACCCAUCGGCAUGGGCCAGCAGCACAAAGACCCGUCUUCUAGCCCUGGACCCCACAGUCGUUGGUACCUGCCCCCGCAGCAGAGCGUCCCGCCAAACCGGCUUGACUUCACUUCCUCCUUUGAGGGGGACUUUUCUGGAAAUGGUUUCUACAAGCCGUUCCCCCUGCAGACGUCCACUCAUCACGCCCUCAGCUACUACCCGGAGCAUCCUUUUGCGUCAAGCGGCGUGUCCGUAUCAGCAUCCGGUUCAGCAGGAUGGACCACCAGCAGGCCCACCCCGCAGUAUCCCGGCAAACCCGCCCACAAUCUGAGCUGGUUCAGAGCCAUUUCGUCCUCCUCUUCCUCCUCGUCGUCUUCCACGCCUCCCGGCAACCCAAGGCUGCACGCCCCCUCCCUCCUGGAGUCUCUGCAGCCGCCCCUGCUGCAGGAGAAGCCGAAAGACUCUGCCGGACUGGCAGCAGAGGACCCCUGGCUGGAGCCACCCUCUGUCAAAUCAGCGGAUUCGGCUGACUCGGGCCUGUUCGAGGGGAACAAGAAGAGGAGGGUGUCGCCCUACACGUCCAGCACUGAAAACUCCCCGCCUCCACGUGCCGGGGAGGUCUGUGAAAAAGACAACAGCAGCGAUCCAGACUACUAUGGCUAUUACACCCACUGAGGGCCUCCCGUUUCGUCACAAAUGUUUCCCAACACCCUCUCACACCACCCUGAGACUGCCCGGACUGUCAGGUCUUGAUGAAGGGCUGAAACAAUUCAAACAGAACAGCAUAAUAUAAGCCCGCACAGUGAAAACAGCCACACCAUAAAGUUUCAUCUCACAAGUGUCAAAUGAUCACAGGAGGAACUGUUAAGGACAGUGACAAAGUGAACAAAGUGGAUGUGACUGGGACUCUGGCCUACAGUCACAUAAACACCAAACAGACAUACAGAGGUGUGACUUAAGUCUUUGGAACAUCUGGAGAUUUGAGGGGGGGGGAACCAAACAUCUGCAUAUCUGCUUGCUGACAGAUGCCUGCAGGGAUUGUCCAUUCUUUCUGCAUCAAACACUCUUUGGCUGCAGUGCCAUCUCUCGUCUGUGUCUUCCUCCGCACCCAGAACCAGUCACACAUUUAUUAAAAAAAAAUAAAAAAACGAAAAAAAAAAUAAAAAAAACUUCUGUCCUCUACAAUUCCAGGCUCACAAUAUAUGGCGCAGCUCCCACUUGUGGUGGUAGAGGAGCAUCACAGGCAGGCAGUACGCGGGUCAAAGACGGAGAGGGUUUUAGGACAGCUUAGCAGACGUGUGUUCAGUUUGGUUGGCAAAUGCCCAAUAAAAUAGGCAGAUCAUCUGGAGGUCAUCCAACCUUUUAUACGGAAUCAUAGACACAAACAUAAGUUGAAAACAAAAACGGGUACAGCUCCUUACAAAUGUGUUUAUACACCUCGAGGUUUUCCAAAUCUUGUUUUGUUGUGGCCACAAAUGUCAUUUUUUUAAAUUCUGAUUCUAUGAUAGACCGGCACAAAGUAGCGAAUAAUUAUAAAGUUCAACCACAACUAUACAAAGUUUUGAAACAAAAUUAAAAUAAGACUGUUGCAUUCAUUUGUAUUUAACCCUCCCGAGUCAAUAAUUUGUAGAUCCACCUUCGGAGUUACAUCUUGUUCAUUGUGUGAAUGGAGAGACCAUAUUUUUGCCCAAUCUGUGCAAAAUAACUGAAUUUUUCAAGUCUUACCAUACAAAAAUAAUAAUUAGAUUUAGUUCUUGGCCAUUCUUACCGAUUAAUAUGUUUUGAUCUGGUGUUCCUGUCAUGCUGGAAGUUGAACCCCCACACCCCAGUCUCCAGUCUUUUGCAGCCUCUAACAGUUUUUCUUCUAGUAUUGCCUUUCAUUCAGUUCCAUCCAUCUUGCUACGAACUUUGACCUACUUCAAUGUUGCUGCAAAACGUAUCCCCACAGCAUAAUGCUGUUACCACCAUUUUUCACGGUGGGGACGGUGUGUUCGGGAAAGUGUUUAAAUGUGACUUCAUCUGACCAGAGCACCUUCUUUCACAAGUUUGCUAUGUCCUCUGCAUGGCUCGUGCCAAACCACAAGCCCUCUCAUGCCAACGGCUUUCUUCUCACCGCAUAAAGGCCAGAUUUGUUGAUUGCUCAACUAAUAGUUGAACUAUUAAUAGAUUUUCCCACCUAAGGUGUGGGUCUCUGAGUCUCCUUCAGAGAAACCAUGGGCCUCCUUGAUACCUUUCUGAUUAACCCUCUCCUUGACCAGCCUGUCAGAUUUGGUUAGACGUUUUUGCCUUUGUCUUACAGUUGUGCCAUACUCUUUACAUUUUUCCAUGAUGGAGUGAUUGCUCUUUAAGAUAUUCAGAGUUUAUUCAUAUUGCUUUAUAACUUAAAUUUGCUUUAAAACUCCUCCAUACCUUUAUCCCAAA